AUGGCUAAUGCAACGACAUGGGAUGAUUUUAAAGAGUUGAUGCGGGAGGAGUACUGUCCUCGUGACGAGAUUCAGAAGCUUGAGAACGAGUACUACGAUUUGAAGAUGGAAGGGUCCGAGAACGAGGCUUACACGAAACGAUCUCAUGAGCUAGCAAAUAUGUGCCCAAAUUUGUCUCGACCUCCACCUCGGAGAAUUGAGUUGUACAUCAAAGGCCUGGCACCAGCAGUAAAGAGUUUGGUCACUGCUGCAAACCUUAACAAUCUGCCUCAGAUCAUCCGUUUAGCGCACAAGAUUACCGAUCAAGAAGUCGAGCGUGGAUCGCUACCUCCUCGUGUUUCUGCUACUACCCCUGCUGCUACAACUACCACACCUGCUUGCCAUAGGUGCGAUAAGGUGGGACAUGUGGCAAAAGACUGUAGAGCUCCGUACCCAAAGCAGCAGCAACAGCAGAAUCAGCAGCAUCAACAACAACAAAGGCAGCAGCCCCAUCAGAACCAAGGCAAUAGGAAGGGGUGUUUCCAGUGUGGGGAUGAGGGCCACAUUAAACGGGAAUGCCCUCAGCUGAAUCAGAACGCCAAUGAUAACAACAAUCGUCAGAAUAACAAUAACAAUGCUGGGAACAACAAUAACGGCAACAAUGGGGGCAAUGGAGCUCGUGGAAGGGUAUUUACGAUUGGUGCUGGUGAUGCUAGGAACGACGGCAAUGUCGUGACUGAGUUCAGUCAACGAUUAGGGUUAGCUCCAAUACCUCUAGAAGCUAAGCAUGUGGUAGAAUUAGCCGAUGGUAAGACAACUGAAGCCUCACACGUUCUUAUGGGAUGUAAACUAGAUCUUGUGGGUCAAGUGUUUGACAUUGACCUCCUUCCUGUUAAUCUUGGUAGUUUUGACAUAAUGGUUGGUAUGGAUUGGCUGUCUAAGCAUCAAGCUGAAAUUCUCUGUAAAGAGAAGAUCGUACGUAUUCCUCUCUCCAGUAGAGAAUCUUUAUCGGUUCAAGGGCAUCGCAGUGGUGUGAUGGUUGGUAUCAUUUCAGCUAUGCAAGCGCAGAAGUGUAUACGAAAGGGGUAUCCUGCUAUUCUAGCACUUGUUACAGAUACUCCAUCUGAAGAAAGCAAGAUCGAAGACCUGCUAGUUGUUCGUGAGUUCCCUAAUCUCACCAUCGAUUCUAAUUUGCCUGACCAGAUCCGUUCUGCACAAACCGAAGCGUUAAAAGAGGAAAACAUUGAAGCAAAUCAGAUCACAGGCCCGGAACUCGUACUCGAGACGUCAGAAAAGAUUGUCGAGAUCAGAAAUCGUAUGGCGGCGACGCGUAACCGUCAGAAAAGCUACGCUGACAAGCGUAGGAAACCAUUGGAGUUUGCUGUAGGCGAUCGUGUUAUGUUGAAGGUCUCACCCUGGAAGGGUGUGGUGCGGUUUGGGAAACGCGAAAAGCUUAACCCUCGUUAUGUUGGGCCUUUCAAAAUUCUGGAACGAAUCGGUAAAGUUGCCUACAAGCUAGAGCUACCUGCUGAGUUGGGUAAUGUUCAUGAUGUCUUCCACGUAUCGCAGCUAAAGAAGUGUUUGUCCGAUGAAUCACUUGUGGGUUACAAUAAUGGUUUCAUGCUAACUGUAAGGCUUCGUAUGAAUGAUGUACGAUAA